GGAGAUGUACACAGCUAGGUGUUAUUAAUUUAUAUUAAUGCAAGUUUAGGUUGAGUCAUGUUAUGAAUUUUAAAGCUAUUUUCACAUUCUAAUCUUCUAUCUUCCAUCCAUUUUCAUUUGAGGGUUUUUUUUGGGCAUCCUCUCUAGUUUAUCAAUAAAAUAAGAAAAGGAAAACAUGUUAUUGCAAAGGAGUGUAUGUGCCACCUCUUUAUUAGAUUGCUUGAGAAGAUCACAUUUGUUGUUUAUACGAACUAACUUGCUCCAGAAGGGACUCUUUUUGGUCAUGCAUUUCCUUUUAGUUAAUUUUUAAAUGAUCAGUUUUAGUGUUUCACCUAUACUUCACCAAACAACUCUACAAAUGGGUUUUAGACUCCUAUUACUCCAUCUUAUUCCUUGAGAAGCAUUGCCUUGAGCACAGAGAGAGCUUUCUGUUCCAUUGCUCUCACACCACUAAAUUUUCAAAUUUUAUAAAAUGCAAGGAGUUACUUCAUGCAAUGCACCUUUUGAUGCUGAAAAAAGGGACCUAGAGGGUUUGCUUGAAGUUUUUGGCUCUGCAUUUUCUCUUGAGGACAUAGCCUCUGCUUAUUGCCAGGCAAGGCGCAAUGCAGAUAUGGCUAGUGAAAUUCUUUGUGCUUCAAGUAAAAGUACCCCUGUCAUUGCUGCUUGUGCAUCUAAAGAUAAAUUUAAGUGUGCAAGUUCAACAUCUUCAGAAGUGUCAUUUGAAUUGGAUGGUGAAAGUGCAAUGCCUUCAGAAAUGUCAGCUGAUGAAUUUUGUCAGAAGUCUAAUCAUGCAGGAAGAAAUACCAGAGCAUUGAAGUCAAAAGUGCGUCCUGUAUCAAUAGGUACUGUUUCAGGUGUCAUUGCAAAAGAUUAUGUUAUGUCGAGGCCAGUAACUAAAGAAUAUCCUGAAGCUACAAAACCGCCUAAAUUAUAUGCAAAAGAAUUUCCUGUUUCUGAGAUAUGGAGUGAGGAAGUUCUGCCAAGUAUGAGAGCAAGAAAUGGCAGCACUGCAUGUGAUGAUGUUGAGGAAUUUAUGAUUGAAAUGCUUGGAGAUGGUUUCCAGCUAGACGUGAAUGUGAUCCAAGAAGUUCUUGGCUUUUGUGGUCAUGAUGUGCAAAAGAGCAUGGAGAAACUUCUUGACUUGUCAGCUUCAACGUUGGAGAAGCAUGAUGAUGAUAUUGACUUAGCUGGCAAAAAAUCUUCAGAUGAAUGCCAAGACCUAGAUUCAUCCCGCCGUGAUAGAGCUAGAAAUAUGACAAAAAAAUUAAAAGUGUCAUCAAAAAAAGACAAAGAAAGACUUGUUCUUCAGAAGGAACUUUUAGAAGCAUUGUUCACUGUUCCUGAAAGAUCUGAGGAAGUGCCCAAAAGAAUUCAUCCAGUGAGGAGAUCGAGACCUUUUGGUAAACCUGUGGUUGAAACUUUUACAGACACUGCUACAAAGCAUAAGAUUGCUACUGUGCGGCCAAUAGAAGUUACUAAAGAUGAUGAAGACGAUGAGAAUAGCUAUGAGGUCCUACGUAAAGCUGUAAAGGAAUAUUGGAUUAUGAUGAAAGAAUACUACCAAGCUGCUGUUGAUGCAUUUGUUAAGAGAGAUUAUGUACGGGCAAACAAACUUCGAGAACAGGGACACUUUUUUAACAGGAAGGCCAAAGAGGCAGAUGAGAAAUCUGCUCAAAAGGUUUUUGAAACCAGCCAAGAUGAUGAAGUGUCCCUUGACUUGCAUGACCAUGAACCCAAGGAUGCUGUACACUCACUGAGGCUUCAUUUGACUAAUAUUUGUGGCAUCCAAGGUUUUAAAUACCUGAAGGUCAUAUUGGGAACCAACAAUGAAGAUACCAAAAAAGGGGCUCGGAAACGACUGAUUUUGAAGCAACUGGAGAAGGAAUCAAUCAAAUGGACAGAGGAGGAGGAUGGUGGAACCAUUAUCAUUCAGUCUACUCCUGAGGCAACACCGAGACGAAUGGAAUGCCGCUUUGCCUAUGUGGAAUCAGGUGCACCACUAGCAAAUUUCAGUUUGCGACGAAUAGACUCAAUCAUAAGGCGGAUUGUAUUCCAUAAAUGACACAAUCAGGAAGUCGAGCAACAGAGCGAAGGCAUAAUGGAAUUUUUGGUUGCGUUGGCAAUUGUAAUAAGCAAUUAAAAUGCAAGGGGUUUUUUCUGGGGACGAUGUGGGGAAAUAAUCAAAGGUUGCAUUUGGAAACUUGGAUUCGGAUUUGGAUUUUAAAUUAAUAGAUUUGAAAUGCUUUGAUUUCAAAUCC